AAAUUCUGAAAAAGUCCUCUCACUUUUCACAGAACUAUUUUGCAUUAUGCUUGUGCACAUGGCCAUCUUGAUGUCGUGACACUCCUAAUGGAUCGUAAAUGUGACAUUGACCUCUGUGACAGUGACAGCAGCACACCACCGAUCAUGUCAGCACAAUACGGGCAUGAAGAAUGCAUGGCCAUUUUAUUAGAACGUGGUGCUGUUCCAAAUGCCAUGGACAACUGCGGAAAUACAGCUCUCCACUAUGCUGUUUGGAGUGAAAACAUCUCAAUGGCAGGCAAACUACUGGUGCACCAAGCCAGCAUCGAUAUAAAGAACAAGGAGUCCCAGUGAAUCUAGUUCUGGUGACACAUCUAAAGAAGAUGAGUCCAGAGUUCAUAUCAAGUUUUCAUCAGACACCACAGAAGAAGAGAAACAGAGA